AUGGAAAAAAUCAGAAGAAAUGGUCCCCUGGGUCCUGCACUGGGACAUGAUAAACCUGAGGGCAGGUUGGAAAUAAAGAAACAAAAUCCUUCUGGGGAGAUUUUGAAGAACUCCUCUCCCAAGGAGAAGGACCCAAGGCAAGGACCUACCCCUCCCAAGAAAGCCAACAGUAUGGGGAGAAACUAUGAAUGCAGCAUGUGUGGGAAGACCUUUCAUGACCAUUUAUCCUUCAGCCACCAUCGGAGGACUCACACUGGAGAGAAGGCCUAUGAAUGUAAAGGUGGGGAAGUCUUCAGUUACAGGAGCUGUCUUAAUAAACAUCUGAAGCCUCACACUGAGGAGAGACCCUAUGAAUGCAAUGAAUAUGGGAAAACUGUUUAUGACCAAUUAACCCUUACUGACCAUCAGCAAAUUCAUCCUGGAGAGAAACCCUUUAAGUGUAACGAGUGUGGUAAGGGCUUCUCUAUUCGCUUUUCAUUAGCUCGACACCGGAGAAUUCAUACUGGAGAAAGACCUUUUGAAUGUACAGAGUGUGGGAAAUCAUUUAGAGAGAAAGCGGUUCUUGCUCGCCAUAAGCUUACUCACAUUGGAGAGAGGCCCUAUAAAUGUAAGGAGUGUGGGAAACCUCUGUCUAACCGAUCCUCCCUCAUUCGCCACUGGAGAGCACACACUGGAGAGAGUUCUUAUGAAUGCAGUGAAUGUGGGAAAGUUUUCUUUGAUCGUUCAUCCCUUACGCAGCACCAGAAAAUUCAUAGGGAAAAGCCCUACAAGUGCACUGAAUGUGAAAAAGGCUUUAUUCAAAAAAGACUGCUUAUUCUACAUCAGAGAGUUCACACUGGAGAGAAGCCCUAUAAAUGCAGUCUGUGUGGAAAAGCUUUCAGUUGCAAACCAUCUAUCGUCCUACAUCAGCGACGUCAUAAAUCUGGUGAAAUUUACCAGUAUGAUGAAUUUGGAAGAAAUUUUAGUAGGAGGUCAUUUCUUAUUCAACAACAAGGAGAAAGAUUACAUAAUUGUGAUUCACUUCAAAAGAACUUAAAACAGAAUUCAGAUCUAAUUAGACAUGAGAGAAUUUAUGCAGGAAAGAAACCUUGGAAGUGUAAUGAGUGUGAGAAAGCCUUUAGUUACUACUCAGCUUUUGUUUUGCAUCAGAGAAUUCACACAGGAGAAAAACCCUAUGAAUGUAAUGAAUGUGGUAAAUCCUUUAGCCAGAGCAUACACCUUACUCUACACCAGAGAAUUCAUACUGGAGAGAAACCUUACAAAUGUCAUGAAUGUGGGAAAGCCUUCAGUCACCGCUCAGCCCUUAUUCGACAUCAUAUAAUUCAUACUGGAGAGAAACCUUAUGAAUGCAAUGAUUGUGGGAAGGCCUUUAAUCAGAGUUCAUACCUCACUCAGCAUCAGCGAAUUCAUACUGGAGAGAAACCUUAUGAAUGUAAUGAAUGUGGGAAGGCCUUCAGCCAAAGCACAUUCCUUACUCAACAUCAGGUCAUUCACACUGGAGAGAAACCUUAUAAAUGUAAUGAAUGUGGUAAAGCCUUUAGUGAUCGUUCAGGCCUUAUUCAGCACCAGAGAACUCAUACUGGAGAGAGGCCUUAUGAGUGCAAUGAAUGUGGGAAAGCCUUUGGUUACUGUUCAGCCUUGACUCAGCACCAGAGAACUCACACUGGAGAGAAACCCUAUAAAUGUAAUGAUUGUGCCAAAGCUUUCAGUGACCGCUCAGCCCUUAUCCGUCAUCAAAGAACACACACUGGAGAGAAACCUUACAAAUGUAAGGACUGUGAGAAAGCUUUUAGCCAGAGCUCAUCUCUUACUAAGCAUCAGAAAACUCACACUGGAGAAAAACCUUAUAAGUGCAAGGAAUGUGGAAAAGCCUUUAGCCAGAGUUCAUCCCUUUCUCAACAUCACAAAACUCAUGCUGGAGGGAAAACCAAGGAACAUGGGAAAGCUUUUAGUGAGCAUUCAGCCUUUGGCCAACAAAAGAGAAUUCAUACUGGAUAA